AGCGAAAAAUGCGACGAAAACAAAACGACAAGGUGGAAUGCGAAAAUCUCGCGUAAAUGCGAAAAUAAAUCGAAAAAGUCGGAGUAAAUAUUGAGUUCUGAAAUCGGGAUCCCACGGAAGUCUCCCUAGGAUAGCCGAAAAGAAUAACAAAAAUGGCCCUUCUGCUGGUGCACCUGCGGCGCCUCAUUUUGCUGCUGACCGUUGUCUACAUGAGUGGAGCGGUGUUCCGUCGCCUUCUCAGUGAGCGGCACCACGCCCACGUCCUGCAGGGCAAUGGUUACAUGAGUUUCGGUCGCCUAAGAGGUGGCGGAGGAUCCAAGGAGCCGUACCACUUCCAGUGGUGGGCUUAGAUCUACACCUGCUAUGCCUACGUCGUGCUGGUCAACUACGUCAAUAUGCGGCGGCUGACCAACUUGAUAGAGUUCUUCUUGAACUGAAAAUGUUCGGUGGAAAGUUAGCAUAGUUUGAAGAAAUAUUAUAAUGCAUAUGUUAUCCCUACUAAGUUUUAACUAAUAUACUUAAAGUUUCCUUUUUCCUUA